CUAUGGCCGCUCUCUCCCUCGCACCCCCGCACAGGCAGCUCGCCGCAGCGGGUUCGUUGCCGGCUGCGCCGCCGGGUGAUUCAUCCCUCUCCAGCCCUCCCCGCGCUAGCAGCUGCCAAAAAUAGCGAUGCAGGGGGGGGGAAAACCCCUCCAAAUAACCUCCCCUGCCUUCCCCCCCCCCCCCCGCUACGCCAGCGGCAGGCCGGGAUGGCGGCUACCGAACAACGUCCCCGACACCUCCAUCCCCGGGGCAUCUGGGACCAGGACCCGUCGCCAGGGGAUACCACCCUCCGGUUACCAUGUGAGUGGGUGACACUCCUGGACCAGCACACCCAUCCGCCAUCCCUGCUGCCAUAAGUGCCGCGAUGCCCAGCCCCGUCCGCCGCCCUUCUGGUGCCAGCGGGCCACCCGGUUUAACCAUGUUACCGGCGGACGGUUCGGCGUUGCUGCGAGCUGUGGCACAGGGCAAAUUUCGUCUCACCCGGCUCUUGUUGGAAGGGGGAGCCUACAUCAACGAGGGCAAUGCCACCGGCCAAACGCCGUUGAUGGCCGCGUGCCGGGCUGGCUACGCCGACCCGCUGGAGCAGCCCCGUAUGGUGAGGUACCUCCUGGAAAACGGCGCUGAUCCCAACAUCCCCGAUAAGACGGGCAAGACAGCGUUGAUGCACGCCUGUGCUGAAUGUGCCGGGCCGGCAGUAGCUGCCAUUUUGUUGGCUCACGGCGCUGAUCCCAGCGCCCGCGAUUAUGCCGGAGCCUCUGCUUUGGUUUAUGCCAUUAACCGGGGGGACCGGGAGACGCUGCAGGUGCUGUUGGAUGCCUGCAAAGCUCGAGGGAAGGAGGUGAUCAUCAUCACCACUGACACCUCGCCCUCGGGUACCAAAACCACCCGGCAAUACCUAAACUCGCCCCCUUCACCUGGGCUGGAGGAGAAACGCUCGCCGGCGCUUUGCAUGUCGCCCUCUGACAUCGAGGUGCGGACGGCGGCUUCGCCGGCCGGCAGUGAGAAAGAAGAGGAGAGGGACGUCUUCUGCUUCCCCCCGCCGCCACCACCGGCACCGGUCACCGCCAUACCGGAGCCAUCCCGUGGCCGGGGGCGGCCACUGAAGCGCCUCAAUUCGGAGCCCUGGGGGUUGGUGGCCCCGGGGACGGAGGGAACAUGGGGACCCCCCGAGCGUUUGGUGGCGGGGAUGGAGGGGCUGAGCCUGGGCGGGCGCCCACGGCGGCACAGCAUGGAGGGCCGGGAGGCAGCGGGGCUACUGGGGGCUGCCUGGGCCGAGCGGGUGCCCCCCGCUUGCCCGCAGCUGCUGGCACGCCGGAACACGGCCCCUGAAACGGUGCGGGUCAAACCGCCUCGCCGGGAACCCCCUGAAAUGGAGGGGUGUCCCUGGGCCGGCUCGCCGCCUCCAUCGCCGGGCCGAGGCCGGCACUGUGCUGCAUCGGCCAUGCCACUGCCAGCUGCUGAGUCCCCACCGGGUGCCCGCCGACGCCCACCCGGUUUGCUGGAGCGUCGUGGCUCUGGCACCCUCUUGCUGGAGCCCUUGGCUCCGGGGAGGGCUGGCUUCUUGCCCCCCCUGCACCCUGGCCCGCACCCCCCCGGCCCCCCGGCCCCCGGCUCACCCAAGGGACGCCGCAAGCUGCUGCGCCGGCACUCGAUGCAGACGGAGGAGAUGCGGCAGCUGGCCAACUUCCAGAGCAGCAUGGCCCCGGAGCCAGGCAGUUAGGGAUCCCCCCAUGUCCCCCCCCCAACCUGGAGCAGCACCCAGUCACCUGGGUCCUGCUCCCAGCAUCCUCACGGACCCCCCUGUGAAGGGAGGACCCCGGGCAGUCACUCUGUCCCUGCCCGGCUGCUCUUGUGCCAGUGUGGGGCCUCCUCAUGCAGGUGGUGGCAGGCAACAUUCACUCUGAACCUUACUGAUGACUGCAGGCACAUGACAAUUCUUCCUUUGCUGCUGUUGACAGAAACUUUGCACAACCACAAAUUCCUUCAGGAGCUGGCGUUCCUCCUGCCCCCGUCUCCCCUGCAUCUUCCUCCUGCUCCCUCCUCAUCCUCCCAGCAGCGCUUUCCCCUACAGACCUCAGCAGCAGCCACCGACUGCCCAACCUGCCUCACAUUUGGGGGUCCCCACAUUCCCGCCAGUGCCAGGCGCUGCUUGGGGCUGUGUGCUGUGAGCAAUAACAGCCACUGGAACCUCCGUGUCUCUGGACUGUCCCUCCCCAGGGGAGCUCCCCCCCAGUUUUGGGGUGCAGGGUCCCAGCGACGGGGGUGCCAGGGUGGGAGCGGGCAGGGGGUGGGGCACGCACUGUCAGCAUCCCGGUGAAUAAAGGCCCCAGCACAGCUCA